AUGGCGCCUCAAGAGCUACCUUUGUCUCGCUACGACCUGACGACGUACUGGGGCAGGGUCAAGCAUGCGUCUGACUUAACGGAUCCAAGAACCCUCUUCGUAUCUGGAACCAACCUUCAAAAGGCCAUUGAACUUGUCACGGGGUUCAAAUCCGGCAAUGUAAAAGUCGAUGUCUCCAACAGCCCGUCUAUGGAGGACGUCUGGGCGGCGAAGAAGAUUGUCGACUCGACGAUACACCCAGACACCGGCGAACCCGUCUUGCUACCUUUUCGCAUGAGCUCCUUCGUUCUUCUGAAUCUUAUCGUCACAGGAGGCAUGCUUCAACCUGGCCUAGGUACCACAGGGACCGUCGUCUGGCAGAUCAUCAAUCAGUCUGCAAAUGUCGCAAUCAACACUUCCAACGCCAACAAAUCGACCCCUCUAAGCAUGUCGGACCUCAUAACCUCAUAUUUAACCGCAGUCACAGCCUCUUGCGGUGUGGCAGUCGGUUUGAAUUCCCUAGUACCACGUCUGAAGAACAUAUCGCCGUCUACGAGGCUUAUCUUAGGUCGAUUGGUCCCGUUCGCGGCUGUCGUGUCGGCUGGUGUGGUCAAUGUGGGCCUUAUGAGAUCCGGGGAGAUCAGGACGGGUAUUGAUGUUUUCACACAAAAGGAGAAAGGGGACACUAGUGAGCCCGAGAGUCUAGGGAAGAGUAAGAAGGCGGCGAUAUUGGCGGUCGGAGAGACAGCAUUUAGCAGAGUGAUGAACGCCACACCAAUCAUGGUUAUCCCGCCACUGGUACUAAUGAAGCUGCAGCAAGGGUGGCUGAAGAAGAGACCAGGCUGGACUAUCCCAGUUAACUUAGGACUCAUCUUUACAACGUCGAUAUUCGCCCUGCCAUUGGCACUUGCUGCUUUCCCCCAAAGACAAGCUAUCGAUGUCAGCCAUCUAGAGCCGGAAAUUCAGGAAAAAGCGGCGAAACGCGGUAUUAAAACAGUAGAGUUCAACCGCGGUAUAUAG